AUGCGAGCCCUGCCCGGCCUGGACGCGCCGCAGCGGCAGCGCCCGCCGGCCCAGCAGCCCGAGGGCCCCCGGGGCCGGGACGCGGCGGUGCCAGCGCGCAGGAGCGCGGCCGAGAGGCUGGCGGCCGACCGAGCCAAGUACCUGCGCGGCCCGCGGGGAGCCGGCCCCGCCCCCGAGGGCAGCAGCGCGGGGCCCAGCGCGGGGGCUGCGGGCGCCCCUGGGCCCCCCGCCCCCGCCCCCGCCCCCGCCCCCGCCCCCGGGGCCGUGGCGCGCAGGACCGUGGCGCGGAGGCCGCUGAGGCCCGACUCGCUGGUCAUCUACCGGCAGAAGUGCGACUUCGUCCGCGGGCAGGGCGCCGACGGCCCCAGGGCGGGCCUGGUGAGGAAGCUCUUCCCGGGGCCCGGCAGGGACAGGGCGGCGGCGUGCCCGGGGACCGCCCGGGGGGACGACGAAGCCCCGGCUGCGCCCCCCGCGGCCCCGGGGACACCCCGCGGAGCCCCGGCUGCGCCCCCUGCGCCCCCUGCGCCCCCUACGCCCCCCGCAUCCUGCGCAGCCCCCAGGACACCAGCAUCCUCCGCGCCCCCCGGCCCCCAGCCGCGAGGGAGCAGGCGCGGGGGGCUGCGGCGCUCCCAGUCCGACCUGAGCUCCCGCUACUCCGCGUCGCUGGCGGAAUUCGACACGUUCUUCCAGUUCUGCGGCCUGGACCCCGAGGUGCUGGAUGCCCUCGGGAGGGAGAACUUCUCGGCGGGGUCGGACCGCGUCACCCCCCAGGUCCGCAGCGUGAGCGUCGCCACCUCCGACAGCGGCUUCUCCCGGCGCAGCGGCGGCCAAGAGGGGCUGCAGGAGGAGGAGCUCACGGAGCAGGUGCCCAGCACCACGUCCGUCGUGGAGAGGAACGCCCGCAUCAUCAAGUGGCUGUACACCUGCAAGAGAGCCAAGGAGACGCCCGGCCAGGGGCUUCAGGGCCCGGCGUGAGCGCUCGCGCCCCGGAGACCCGCGGCCCAGGAAGCAAGUCUUCCAGUCUGUGGGGGCUCCUUGAAGCAUGUCAUGGGUGAUUGGGGACCCCAGGGCCACCCUUACCACCACAGGAUUUGUCCAGUGCACCCAGGUGACCACAUGCUUGCUGUUUUCCCAGGAAUAAAGCACCCCAUCGAAGAAAAUUACAUAAUUCCAAAGAAUUUGAAAUGCUAUGGAGAAGAGGGCAACAUGGAACUUGGACAUUAGCUGAGUUGUAGCUGUUUAUAAACAGGUGAAGCGCUGGGAGGUAUUUUCUUGUUUGAGGUGGAUCUAUCCUUGCUUCCGGAGGGCAACAGAGGAAGGGAAAGCUGCUUGGAAAUAUUUUCAGGGACAUCUGUUUGACUGGCCUGGUGACAGAGAGGUACCACGAUGCAUUUUAAUAUCUAAAUUGAUUUUUAAAAGAAGGCAAAGGGUACGCAAGCCAAGCAUGGAUGCCAUAGUAUUUACUGCUUUCGAUCAGUUUGGACUGUUUGACACCAACUAAAUGAAAGUUCUGUAAUCAUGAGAAGAUGUUAAACACUGUGCUAACAAUGAGCAAACACACACAAGCUCACACUAAACCCCUCCAUUUCUGAGCCUCACUGCCACCUAAACUUGAGAAAGUACCUUAAAAAUCACUGACAGCUACAAAGUCAUUUUAGUAAUGCCACUCCCAUUGGGUUGCAGACAUGUGGACGUGCUACUGAAAGAGAAGUUAGAGUUGAUACCACUAGAAAUGCAUUUUCUGAGAGCUGGCAGGAAACUCGGGAGCUUCCCUCUCUCACAACCACAGCAGCACACCUCACUCUCCUCCACGCCUCCACGGGGCUCUGGUACCCAACUGCCCAAAGCAGAGGGGAGCCUCCAGUUACACAGAACACUCCCUGCCCGUUUGUCUAAUUCCCACCUCCAUGGAUUAUGCAGUCAUCCCAGAUUUGGCACCAGCUCGCCCUCCUCUACAGAGGAUGUGUUUGAGACGAGGGGCAGCCUCUGGGCGGCUGGCCGACUCCAGGAUCAGAACGCUGAAGGGGGGAGUUACUGUGACCCUAGCCCGCUCUUGACACCCAGACUACACGGAUUUCAGAUUGACAGCCUUUGGAGAGAAAUUUUAUAUCAGUGAUGACAACCCAAAGAAAAUUUGUGACCUGAUUUACUCUUUCAAGGUUUGUUGUGUUUUAACAACAUACAUCUCCUUAGGAGCAAAAUGGAGAAUACGGAGGAGAGAAAAUGGGUUUCUCGAUGGUAGGACAUUUUAUAAGCCAAUGCAUUUUGAUAUGUUCAUGCACUUGUUUAAUACUGUGUUCUGUUUUUGUAACUUUUACUGUGACAGUAGGCCUUUGAGCUAGUUAAUAUUUAUUGUUGACAGUUAUUGGUCUUCAAAUAGUUUUCCUUAACAUCAUAUGGUUUUAGUAUUUAUCAGCAUAGUUUAAAAUCAUUUUCUCCUUGGUUAUGUUCACUUGUGAUUGCAAGCAGAGUAUUCACUACUCUAUAAAGUGCUCAGUACCAUACCAUACCGAUUUGUUCUCAAGGAAGUCAUAUGUUGGCUCACAAAUGUACCUUUGUCAUCAUAGACUCUGUUUAAAGACAACAGAUUCCGUGCUUUAAGAAUUCCCCCCAAAUUGUUCCUCUCAAAAUGCUGCUAUUUUGCUCUUCGGUGGAUUGCAGAUAGUUUAAAAAGGUAAUAUCAAAGAUGAGAGGAAUUUUUUUAAAGGCUCUUUACAGAUGUCCACUUCCCUUACUUACAGGUGUUCCGUUAAUUGUAUAUGUCGAUGCUUUAGGUGAAACUGUUUUGUGCCUUUCUACUGUCAGAAGAGGAUGAACUAGAACUUAGGUGGUAUUUUCCUUGGGUCAGGAUAGUGCAUACUCGUAAUCCAUAUAAUAGAUAACAAAUAUAUAAACAAACUGGUUGCAUUUAAAAGCACCAAGAUCUUCCAGAAGCAUCUGUGCUUCAGUGGAGACACAGGGAAGAAUUCAGCUGGAGUGAAUUCAGAACUACCCUUUUUGAGAAGUGUGUGAAGAAGGGUAAAAGGGUGUCCCCAGGCUCCAAGAGGAGCCAGUGAUGCUCUCUCUCCUCCAUUGAGAUUCAUGCCUCAGUAUCAGAUCCCUACUGUGUGGGUGGAGGUGAGAAGUCUUUUCCUAAUCUGAAUUACCCCAAUUUUCUGGGUGACUUUGAGAAAAUCAAACUUUGAAGCUCAGUCUGAAUGCAAAAGUGUGUAAUUGCUUUUCACAAGAAUAGCAAUAGUUACUGCUGUGAAACAAUUUCAUUUGUUCAUGAAAGAAUAGCAUGUAAAAUAAUGAUUAACACAAUGAAAAGAAAUAAUUAUUGAUAAAGCCAGAAAAAUAGCUCGACAGUAUCUAUUUCACUAAAGCAUGGGUACAGAUUAGCAGUGCCUCUGACCGAAAGCUAUUUAUGUUACUGUAAAGUUUCCUCAUUUUAUAUAUAUGUAUAGUUUUUAAACUACUGGUCACUGACACUGAAAUAAAAAGAAGACUUUAUUAAACUUUGCCCUUUUUAGUAGGUUCAAAGCUCAGUGCCAUGGUUAUAGUUGAUGAUGCCAUAAAAUAUGAGGCCCAGGCAAUUACUAUGGUGGUUUUGUAAACAGUUUUUUCUACACACUACUUGCAACCAGAGUGCAAUAUUAUGUAUUCUGUAUUAAAAAUAUAAAAUAUUUUUCUCAUUUA